AGUCUUGGCUUGAAAGUUUCAUUUUUCAGUUGAUAUUUUCUAAAAAGUAUUUAUGCAAGUUUCAGAAAAGAAACAUAGCCACAAUUAAACUUACCAAUUUACUCAACCAGCGAUAAGUUGGCCCAAGGCCCAGUUUUUUCUUCUUCUAGCAGAGGAAUUUAGGUUUCCGAGCGCGCGAAUUUGGGGAAAACCGCUAAGAAAUGGCAGCCUCGCCGCCCAACCGGAAGCGGCGGCUCGCGGCGGCGGAGGCGGAGGCGGAGCCGGAGUUGUCGCCGCCGGAUGCGCUCGGCGCGCUCCCCGUCGAAGUCCUCGACAACAUCCUCGGCCGCCUACACAUCUACGACGUGGUCCGCACCUCGGCGCUCUCCCGCGCGUGGCGGCGCCGCUGGGAGUCGCUCCCCACCGUCGACCUGACCCGCAGCCCCGGCGUCGCGGCGUCCGACGUCGACGCGGUCCUCCUCCGGCGCUCCGCCCCCGUCCGCGCCUUCCGCCUCGCCGCGCGCGACCCCUCCUGGUUCGUCGACGCCCUCCACGACUGGCUCCUCUACCUCUCCCGCAGCGGCGUCCAGGCCCUGUACCUGUGGUUCCCAACGCCCAGCUUCCGGCUCCACUCCUGCCUCUUCUCCUGCCGCGAGCUCACCUCCCUCGACCUCGAGGGUUGCCGCCUCCCACCCGCGCCCUCGGGGUUCGAGGGGUUCCAGAACCUGAAGAAGCUACACCUCACGAAAGUUUCCCUCCCGGAGCACGGGGACAAGGCAUUGGCGGCCUUGUUCGCCGGGUCGCCAUUGUUGGAGGAUGUGGAGCUUAUGAACGCGUUGCUCGUCGGCGAUGGCGCCGACGAAUGGGUGAUUCGCGCGCCCAAUCUCCGGAAGCUUAUAAUGGUUGCUCCGUUUCCUUAUGCUGGACGAGUGGAGGAUCUUCCACGACUUGAGGAAGGGAUUCUGUGCGGCCCCAAUUACGCCAAGUUUUUGACGGGGAUGGCUCAUGUGACCAAGCUAGAGUUCGUGUGCAGUUUCAUGCGGGGACAAGGCGAUGAUGCUCAGGAUAUUGAUGCGAAUGAUGAGUUCUUGAAUGCUCAGUCAACCAAUGAUAUGUUUGCGAAACUUCAUGUUGUGCGAAUGAAGAAAGUUGCUUGCCUCUGUAAUGAGAUGCACUUUAUGGAGUUUGUUCUAAACAAAGCAGGAGUACUGCGAGUGCUAUCUGUUUAUCCUUCUUCUGGCAGCACAUGUAGUAAUGAGCAGACAAUUAUAACAGAACAUCCGAGAGUUUCACCUGAUGCACAAGUCAUCUUCAUGAAUAGAGAAUCUGCAAAUAAGCACUCCAGGGUCAGGGUGGACACCAUCAUCAAGUCCUGCCUUGCCUUGCUAGGUAGGUUUGAGUCCUACAAGAAUCUGUGCUGUCUCUUAUGCUCCAUCCUUCCAUUCCUCUUUGGCACCACUCUCCAGAUCUACAGGCUUUCCUUUCCAUCUCUCACUCAUGCUUCAACAGCCCAGAUCGACUUCUUCUUUCUGUUUCCCUCCAUCUCUCAGUUCUUCUUGUGCUCUGCUCUUAUUUUGUUCUCUCUUUUUAGCUAGUUACAAACGUAGAACUACUCCUGGGCAUUGGCUCUAACCAUUACUUGGAGCAAGUCUGAUAAGUUCAUUUUUUAAAAAAAAUAAAUAAAUUAUCUUUUAUAACUGUCACUGUACUCUAUUGCUUGCUAUUUUAUUUCAUGUCUUUAUCCUGGUACUCUGUGACAACCAUGCUUGUAUACUAUAUGGACAUUUGAUAAGUAAACUCAUGGUGUAUACACUGUCUUAUAUUGUCUAUAAGAAGUAGAACAAUGUAUUUGUAAUUUGUAUGAAUUCGACAAAUGUCUGCUGAGUUUCUUUUUAGAGCUUACAGUAUUCAAAUUGACCAUUCCAACAUGUUGAACAAGUAUCCGCGCUUCUCAAAAUCUUUAGCACCCUGAGGUAGUGAGGGCUGAGAGAAAAUAUCUAGCAGUGAAUUGCACCCAAGAAACUAUUUGUUUUCCUUUGAAACUGUUGUUUCAUACUUCCAUGGGAUCCUGUAAGCUCCCCAGUAUGUGAGCACGCAUGUCUGCUGCUUGUUCCGCCUACUUUGGCUUCUCGGUUUUAAACAUAUGGUUGCUACUCAAGUCAAUAGUCGUACACUUGUAUCAAGGGUUUCUAUGGCAUUCUCCUCUCCUUCCAAGUGUUGCUACCAUGCAUGAUGAGGGGUGGUGUCAUCUCCUUGCAAAGCAGGCCUAAAAAAAUGCUGCCUCUGUGUGCUUGCAAGUAUUGCUGGAGAAGCUUCUACAUGGUACCACCUCCACAUUUUUACCCAUGUUGCUUUUACAUGCAACAAGGGCCUCCAUCAACAGUGAGAAGGUGGUGUGGAUAUAUU